AUGGAAGAAGUAGCAGCAACCAAGGAAGAAGAAGCACCAACGAAGAAGAAGCAAGGAAUAGUAACUCGUAUGGACAAGUCACUUGCUUUUAUUUAUAGAGAAAAGAUGGACGAAGAUCAGUGGAUGUAUGAUAGUGUUAUGUCUAUAGAAGGUUAUAUGAAUGACCAAAAUGAAGACGAAGGUGGUGUGAAUGAAGAACAUGUGUUUGCUACCCGUGAUGAUGUUCUACAAUGGGCUCGAUUCGUUGCUUAUGAAAUUGGUUUUGUGGCGAUGAUUAUGGGGUCAAACACAAAUAAUGGUAUUAGAGGAAGGAUCUCAUUUGUUUUAAUUGGUUGUGAAAGGAGUGGUCAGUAUAGGGCCAAGAAGAAGGAUUUGGUAAGAACAUGUACUGGCAGUAGAAAACGUGGGUGUCCCUUUAAGCUGCGUGCAAAACUAGUUGUGAGAGGCAAAGGAUGGAAGAUUGCUGCUGAGUUUGAGCGUGUACAUUAUGUUGGCAAAAAUCCUUCUCGUUGUGGAUGUGUGAUGAGAACUACUCAUGGUCUUCCAUGUGCAUGUAUGGGUGAAGAUUCAUGGUUAUUGGUGCGCAACCAUUUGCUUAAAGAACUUACAAAAUGGUUUGAUGAGUAUAUGAACUUGGUUGGUGGCAUAGACCGAUUUGAGGAAUUAAAACGGUCCUUACUUGUUGAUGGAUUAUCCAUGGUUAUUAUGGACAAGUGGAUGAAUAUAACUGACAUGAGACAUGUCAUUGUAUCAAGGUAUUUCUAA